GAGCCUUCCCAAGGCAGCCAAUGCCUCCUUGCUCCAUGAGUUCGACUGCUGUAAUUCUCUUCUUAUUGACCAUCUUCCCUUCUCUUCACCAUUUCUCGGUGUCUUCCUUCGAGUUCCAAGUCGGAGGCACCCAAGGUUGGGUCGUCCCUCCGGCCAAUGACAGCAAAAUCUACAAUGACUGGGCCUCAGAAAACCGGUUCCAAGUUGGCGACACCCUCUGCUUUAAGUACAGGAAGGACUCAGUUAUGCAGGUGAAUGAGACAGACUACAAGAGGUGCAAUUCCUCUCACCCCAACUUCUUCUCUAAUACUGGAAACACAGUUUUUGAGUUUGAUUACUCGGGGCCUUUCUACUUCAUUAGUGGAGCGUCCGGGCACUGUGAAAAGGGUCAGAGGAUGAUUGUGAAGGUGAUAUCUCCAGGGGAGGAAACUCCAUCUGGUGGUGGCAAAUCGUCUAGUUUCCGUGUUGUCGUUUCUUCGCCUGCAGUAUCUGCUACAUUAGUCUUUGUUCAGUUAAUUAUUUUGUCAUGUUGUGCUUCUUAUGCUAUGUAG